AUUUAGACAUUUGAAUUAUAAAAAAUAAUAAUAGUUGUUUGAAAAAAUUUUAAGUGUAGUUUUAGGAUUUUUAAAAUUAUCGAGGAUGGCAUUUUUCACCGAACAAAAUAUAAAAUUGAAGGGUCGAAUUGUAUGUUUCCCUCUAAUUCUCUAAAAAAAAAAAAACAAUUAUUCAUUUCUAAAAUUUAUAUAAAAACUCAAUGUCUAUAAUUGAAACAAACAUCAUUCCUUAAAAAUAAGAUGAACAAGGUACUCUUCUUCCUUCUCCUUUGCCACCACCUUCUUCUCCAACCAGAAGUCCUCUCCGCCGCAACUUUGCCAGCUAUCUACGUGUUCGGUGACUCCACGGUCGAUGUCGGAAACAACAACUACUUGCCCGAUGAUGCGCCGAAGGCCAAUUUCCCUCCUUAUGGAAUCGACUACCAGGGACAAAAUUCCACCGGCCGGUUUUGCAACGGCUUCCUCGGCGUCGACUUCAUUGCUAAGACAAUGGGAUUAGCGGCCAGUCCGCCCCCCUUUCUCUCCCUCUCCAAAGCAAAGCAGACGCCGAGGAGAGGAGUCAACUUUGCAUCCGCCGGCUCCGGAAUCCUCCCCACCACAGGGAAUGAUGUCAUAGCGAUGUCAACACAGAUUCGAGAUUUUGAGGGAGUUGCUGCAGACCUCACACUUGGAACACGAACCAACAACAAGAAGCGUGUAUCUGCCUCAUUGAAUGAGUCUCUGUUCUUCUUCAGUGUCGGAAGCAAUGAUCUCUUUGCCUUUGCCGCGACCCUCAUCCCCGGAAACGACACUCGGGUGGAUGAGAUUGUUACCCCGAUCAUCGACGAGUUCAAGAAUCAAUUGAAGAUGUUGUAUGGCAUGGGGGCACGAAAGUUCGCGGUUGCAGGCACGGGAUUGCUUGGAUGUAUUCCGGCUAUCAGAGUGUUGGAUCCUUCAUAUGAGUGCAAUGUCGAUCUCAAUGAUCUUUCGAUGCAUUUCAAAAAUGCAACAGAGGCACUACUGGAGGAUCUACGCAUUUCAUUGCAUGGCUUUGAGUACUCUUUCGCUGAUGCAUACGAAAUGAGCAUUCGAAUUGAUGCUGAUCUACAAGAAUACGGGUUCACGGAGCCAAGGGUGGCAUGCUGCGGAUCGGGGAGGCGAAACGCAGAGGACCAGUGCUUACGCAACACCACAUACUGCAGAAAUCGAAACCAGUAUUUGUUCUGGGAUAUUAAUCACCCAACACAGGCAUUGUACAAAGUGAUAGCUCGGCUGUGGCUUUUCGGUCCACCGGAACUUGCCUACCCUGUCAAUCUACAAAGAUUGUUGCAGAGCUAAAGAACAACAUUAAGGCGACUUGCAAACCUCUUCUACGGCAUUUAUUUGAAGCUGAUUGCAAUAAGAUUGUGUAAGUUGGGUUUUCCUGAACUUAAAUUGUUGGUUUGAAUGAGGAGAUUUAAUGGAAUUUCAGUGAUAAAUUCAAACGCCUACAAUAUUGAUACAGAUAAGUGAUAAUAGAAUUACCUCAACCCUGAACAAAAAGGCUAAAAAAAUGGACGAUUGACAUCCUGCUGCAU